AGCCCUAGCCAGUAGAGAGGAGAGAGGGUCCUGAGACCGGAAGCCGAAAGCCGGAAGGAGGGCUGUGAAGACGUGUUCGGAGGAAGCCGCAGCCGGACCCGGCUGGGCCGGCGACAUGGAACCGCUGUACCAGCAAACGCACAAGCAGGUCCACCAGAUCCAGUCUCACAUGGGACGCCUGGAGACAGCAGACAAGCAGUCUGUGCACUUAGUAGAAAAUGAAAUCCAAGCGAACAUAGACCAGAUAUUCAGCCAGCUAGAACGCCUGGAGAUUUUGUCCAGCAAGGAGCCCCCCAAUAAAAGACAGAAUGCCAAACUUCGUGUUGACCAGUUAAAGUAUGAUGUCCAGCACCUGCAGACUGCUCUUAGAAACUUCCAGCAUCGGCGAUACGCAAGGGAGCAGCAAGAGAGACAGCGAGAGGAGCUUUUAUCUCGCACCUUCACCCCCAACGACUCUGACACCACCAUACCAAUGGAUGAAUCCCUGCAGUUUAACUCCUCCCUCCAGAACAUUCACCACGGCAUGGAUGACCUCAUUGGAGGCGGGCACAGUAUUCUGGAGGGACUGAGGGCCCAGAGAAUGACCUUGAAGGGGACUCAGAAGAGGAUCCUUGACAUUGCCAACAUGCUGGGCUUGUCCAACACGGUGAUGCGGCUCAUCGAGAAACGGGCUUUCCAGGACAAGUACUUUAUGAUCGGUGGGAUGCUGCUCACCUGUGUGGUCAUGUUCUUGGUGGUGCAGUACCUGACAUGAGCCAGCUAAGCCCAGCAGCUGGACGCCGUUCCUGCUGCAUGAGCGUGUGUGACUGUGUAUGUGUGCGUGAGAGAGAGAAGGGGGCCCAGGGGCCAUGUUUUGAAAUGUAUGUCCGUCUUAACUGUGAAAACCACUCAGAAGUCAUUGUGAUCUGUAACCCAGUGGGCGUUUCAAACCUGCUCUGUUUGUGACAUCUUGGAGAGGAUGCGAGUGCUACCAAGAUUCACGGUGCAUAGAAAAUGAACGGAGUACCUCUUCUCUUUUUGUCAUUCUCACUCUCGCUGGGGGUGGAAGUGAUGGAAUGGUAGGCGAUGAAGUAAGGAAAAGAAUGGCUUUGGUGGAUUUGUCCACGUACAUGAUGCACACCCCCGGAAGGCUUUCACGGUGACCCUUCUGGACAGGACUGUCCACAUUUUUGUCAUCCAGCUUUUCCAGCUCCGAAGGACAGGACAGAGCAGAAGCGGAGAGAAGGAGGGGAAAGAGGCCUUCUUUUCCUGCAUUCAUUAUAGUAAAUGGAUUCACAUGCAGCUAGCCACCCCACCCCAUAAUGACAUGCAGAUGACUGACCGCUCAUACUGUCACCCUUCCCCAGAAGCAGCUCCCUGGAGGAAAUGGGCAUUGGUGCUGUUGCUGACGAGUAAGAUUUUCUACAUUAUAGCUGUUGGGUGUUGCUCCUUUCUAAACUGAGGCCACUGUCAUUCUCUGGGCACGUGCAGUCUUAAGACUAAAGACCCUAGUUCAUGGAAUGGUUGGCUUUUAAGGUUCCAAGACUGCAGCCUGGCACCCAUGCCCAGGUUUUGUUGGGCUUUGACCCCUUAGAAAACAGCUGUGAGCAAAGGAUAGUGAUUUGUCCAUUACAGUCUCAUCUCUAGUUUUAACAUCUGUAACUCUUUGGAUCUCUUUUCGUGCCUGGAAAUAUAUUAGCAGCUGCCAGCCAAGCGCCCCUCCCUCCCCCUGCCCAGCCAGUGUGGGCAGGUGCCACCCUAAAACUGUCUCUGGUGUCCUUGUGAGACCAGACCCUUUUCCCUUUUCUGACAAACCCUGGAUUAAGAAUGGCAUAUCGUGGAAUUUAUUGUAAAAGCAGUCUGUCUGUUUUUGAUUAAUUGCUGAAAGUACCAGAAAAACCUGGUUAGCAUAUAUAUAUAUAUCUCGAUCACAGGCCCUCCCAGCCCUAUGCUCAGUAGCUUUAUGGCAAGACAAGCUAGCACUCAGAAUUCCCCAGACUGGAAACCUGGUCCAUAUUACUGCCACCUUUGAUUAUGUUGCCCCACCUACUGUCUUCUGUUUCUUUCCCUUUUCUGUGUGUGCUCCAUUCAGCUGCUCUUUUCACCUCCCACCUGUUUCUGUAGCAGUAUUGGUCUUUUAAGCAACAUCUGUGGCAUAGAUCCCCUUUUGAUAAAUGUUUCUGAUUUCACACUUUUGGUGGAAUCUCCAUUGCUCUGGCCCAUGGGUUUUCAAGGAAGGGGGAAUCCAUGACCCCUUCAUAAAAGAAUUGAAGGCCCUGACAGAAUGAAAAUGAUGGCUUGGAGGAUGGAGAGAGGGGUUGAGGCAUCUUCAGUCCUAGAUCUAAUUUUGGGGAGGUACAGUUUGAAAUUUCCCUCACAUCCAGCACCUCUGCCAUCCUCAGGACCCAGCAUAGGCCUCUUAGCAUUCCAUAAAAAUGGGUUUUUAAACUGCACAGACCUGGACUCUGGAAGAUCUUGCCAGACAGUACACUUUGGAAGAAGGUGCAAAAGGAGCAGCUAAGCUAUUUGGACUUGAACUCUGGGAGAGUAAAACUCGCCUGCCCACCCCCCUCUAUUGGCUGAUGUGACAUCUGUUUGCAGUGUGCACCACGGCGUUUCCACACUUGCCUUUAUAAUGAUUGUUAGCCUUCAUGAACCAGCAGUAGGGCCUUCCCCACCUUCAGAGUCAUUCUCCCAACUUUGUAAUAAAAACUGUGGAGGCAUUUUGUGGGUCUUCCAUCCUGGGUAGGGAACUGCAGUCACAGUGUGUCUGUGAAAAACGCCUAACUGAAUGCUUGUCUCCACAAUCCCAUGUAGCGAAGAGUCCGAGACCAGGACAGGAGCACCACCUAGUGGAGUCAGGGUGAAUUACCAGGUUGAGCUUGUGCGAGAAUCUCCAGUUGACAACCGGUGACCUUGUCCAGGCUUUUGGUAAAAGCUUUGCUUGUUGUGGUUUAAGACAAGUGGGGUGUCAAGGAACUUGGGAAUAUCUUCUUUCUGUGGAAUUUACUUGAGUGACCACCUUAAGAAAAGCCAAAUUUGAAGACCAAAUAAAUAGGAGAGUCUUGAUUUUUAUAGGUUUCAUUGCUGGCAUUUUUCCUAAGUCCUCUGACCUAAUGAAUUUAAAUGGGUUUUAUUUGCAAAUUUGGAUUUAAACCCAUUGUUUUUUAAACAUAUCGGUUAAAUAAAAUUGAGAUUUGUUUUA